CUUAUCCUCACUAGCAGCAACAACUACAACCAGCAGUCCGUACCAAAUUCAAAAAUGACAAGAAUUUUAUUUUUUCUAGUGGUAUCGCUAUACGCGUCCGCAUUUGGAGACGGAAGACCGAACCCUGCAGGAUGUAUUGCUUCCUCAUGUGAUAACAUAGAAAAAAUAAACACCUUGUUUUGCCACGAGCAGCCAGAACUCUUCUGUCAGUGCGUCCCGGUAGACGAAUUUGUGUGGACCGAAAUGAUACGACCGUGUGCACUUUCAACGGUAUUCAGCUUCCCCCAUCAGAAGUGUGUCUACGACUUUAUGAGAAACCCGGACGAGUGUUAUCCGUAUGAAGCGAGUGGAAGUGGAGAUGAAAUUUUCCCACUGGAGGAAUGGGUUAUGGGGAAAGAGGUCGAAAUGGAGGAAGAAAUGGAUAUGUCGAUGCUUGUGGAAGACGACAAAAUGGAGUUCUUGUUUCCGAAAUGAGCGAGGUUGACAAAAUAAAGUUCUUGCAAAUUAUUGAAAAAAUUGA